GCGCCGGCGCAGGCCGCGGCAGCGCCCCCCGUCCGCACUACAUUUCCCGGCGUGCCGGGCGCGGCGGGGCCGGGCCGGGCCGGGCCGCGGAGCCGAGCCGGGAGCGGAGCGGGCGGCCCCGGCGCUGGUGCUGCCGCUGCCCGGGGCGGGGAGGGCUCGGGCCGGGCAGGUGGGUCGGCGCAGCCCCAUGGAGCGGGGGAAGAUGGCGGAGCUGGAGAGCCUGGAGACGGCGGCGGAGCAUGAGCGGAUCCUGCGGGAGAUCGAAAGCACCGACACGGCCUGCAUCGGCCCCACGCUCAGGUCUGUCUAUGAUGGAGAAGAACAUGGUCGUUUCAUGGAGAAACUGGAAGCACGGAUCAGAAACCAUGAUCGUGAGAUUGAGAAAAUGUGCAACUUCCAUUACCAGGGCUUUGUGGACUCCAUCACGGAGCUGCUGAAAGUUAGAGGAGAAGCUCAAAAACUGAAGAAUCAAGUGACGGACACCAACCGAAAGCUGCAGAAUGAAGGAAAAGAAUUGAUAAUAGCCAUGGAAGAGCUGAAGCAAUGCCGAUUACAGCAGAGGAAUAUUUCCGCGACAGUUGAUAAGCUAACGCUGUGUCUUCCUGUCCUGGAGAUGUACAGCAAACUGCGAGAGCAAAUGAAAUCUAAAAGGCACUACCCUGCGCUCAAGACCCUGGAGCACCUUGAGCACACGUACCUGCCCCAAGUGAGCCACUACCGCUUCUGCAAGAUCAUGGUGGAUAAUAUUCCAAAGCUGCGCGAAGAGAUCAAAGAAGUUUCCAUGUCAGACCUGAAGGAUUUCCUGGAAAGUAUCCGUAAGCACUCUGACAAGAUUGGAGAGACAGCAAUGAAACAGGCACAGCAGCAAAGAAACCUGGACAAUAUUGUAUCACAGCAUCCCAGGAUAAGCGGGGGAAAGAAGUCCAAGAAAGAAGUCUGCGCAAGCUCAGAUCUGGAGGUAAAAAACACUAGCCCCAUGUCUGAGCAGGAUUCGGGUAUCCUGGAUGUUGAAGAUGAGGAUGAGGAUGAAGAGGUGCCUGGGGCUCAGGACCUGGUGGACUUCUCCCCGGUGUACCGAUGCCUGCACAUAUACUCCGUCUUGGGUGCCCGAGAAACCUUUGAGAGCUACUACAGGAAGCAGAGAAGAAAACAAGCCAGAUUGGUCCUGCAGCCGCCUUCAAACAUGCACGAAACUUUAGAUGGCUACAGGAAGUAUUUUAAUCAAAUUGUAGGGUUUUUUGUAGUUGAAGAUCACAUCUUGCAUACGACGCAGGGCUUGGUAAAUAGAGCCUAUAUUGAUGAGCUGUGGGAGAUGGCGUUGUCAAAAACCAUUGCAGCACUAAGAACACAUUCAUCCUACUGCUCGGACCCAAGCCUGGUGUUAGACUUGAAGAACCUCAUCGUCCUCUUUGCAGAUACACUCCAGGGAUACGGCUUCCCGGUGAACCAGCUCUUUGACAUGCUCUUGGAGAUCCAAGACCAGUACAGUGAAACCCUGCUGAAGAAAUGGUUAGGAGUUUUCAGAAAUAUACUCGAUUCAGACAACUACAGUCCCAUCCCGGUGACAAAUGAAGAGGUUUAUAAGAAAAUAGUUGGACAGUUCCCGUUCCAGGAUGCAGAACUUGAGAAGCAACCAUUUCCAAAGAAGUUCCCCUUUUCGGAGUUUGUGCCUAAAGUUUACAAUCAGAUUAAGGAAUUCAUCUACGCCUGUCUGAAGUUUUCAGAAGACCUUCAUCUGAGCUCCACCGAAGUUGAUGAUAUGAUUAGAAAAUCUACGAAUCUGCUGCUGACCCGAACGCUGAGCAACUGUUUACAGAAUGUCAUCAAGAGGAAAAACGUCGGGCUGACGGAGCUUGUACAGAUUAUUAUAAAUACGACCCAUUUGGAGAAAUCCUGCAAGUUCCUAGAGGAAUUCAUAACCAAUAUCACUAAUGUACUUCCAGAAACUGUCCACACUACGAAACUCUAUGGGACCACAACCUUCAAGGACGCCCGCCAUGCUGCCGAGGAGGAGAUUUACACUAACCUGAACCAGAAGAUAGACCAGUUCUUGCAGCUGGCGGACUACGACUGGAUGGCCAUGGAGCCGGGCAGCAAGGCCAGCGACUACCUUGUAGAUCUCAUUGGCUUUCUGCGCAGCACGUUUGCUGUGUUCACCCACCUCCCGGGGGAUGUAGAUGUCCACUCUACAAUGUCGGGGAAGGUGGCGCAGACGGCUUGCAUGUCGGCGUGCAAACACCUCUCCACCUCGCUGAUGCAGCUGCUGCUGGAAGCCGAAGUGCGGCAGCUGACGCUGGGCGCCUUGCAGCAGUUCAACCUGGACGUGGAGGAGUGUGAACAGUUUGCCAGAUCCGGCCCAGUGCCUGGGUUCCAAGGGGACACGCUGCAGUUGGCCUUCAUCGACUUGAGACAACUCUUAGAUCUGUUCAUCCAGUGGGACUGGUCGACGUAUUUGGCUGACUACGGGCAACCCACGUGCAAGUACCUUCGCGUGAACCCGACGACAGCCCUCAUCCUGCUAGAAAAGAUGAGAGAUACGAGCAGAAAAAACAACGUUUUCGCCCAGUUUCGGAAAAACGAGAGGGACAAGCAGAAGCUGAUAGACACCGUGGCCAAGCAGCUCCGCAGCCUGAUCAACAGCCAUCACUCGUGAGGGUCUCGGGGACCUCCCGCCCACGCCGGUCCCUGCGCCGCAGCCUUCCACACGCCUGGACUUGGGAUUCUUGUUCAAAGAGAAUAUAUGUAUUUUUUUAUUCACCUGUAUAGUAUUCAUGAAACCCUGGUGACAAAAUGUUCCUUGUUAAACAAUCCUGGGGAAGAUAGGCGGCGCUGCUCGUGAAGGUGGCGUCCGGAGUCUCCUGUUAUAAACCCCUAUUUUCAGGGGUUUAUAAAGCGACAGUAAAUCCUCGAGCCUGAGAGGGAAGUUCACACCCAGACUAUUAUUUUUUUUUUUUUUUUUUUUUAUAAGCCAAAUUGAAAGAAUCGGUCUGACUUCCUUUUGUUAACUUAUUCAGUUGCAGAACACGUGAAAACAAAACGUAUAGGGAGGAGUCGUGGUUUCAGGUUCUUCUCACAGGCUCCGGUAAAAAAGAGCACACGGUUAGAAAGAAGGUCACCCGUUAGCGUGUCUUGCCAGUUUGCUUAUUGGAUUUAGGUAGGAAAAGAGGCACAUUUCCCAUUUUUUCUCCUCUUUUCCCUCUGAGGGCUGAUUCCCACCUUAGGCUGCAGAUCGCUGGAGCCACAACCCUUUCCCGCACGGCUGUAAUCAGCAUCGCCACCCCCUGAGCUCCACCCCUAGGACCUGCUGGUGUUUUUUGGGGUUGCACUGAAUGUAGAAGGGCUUCAAGGGCUGCCUCGCUAAUUAAAUUUGGAAAGGGAGAGCCAGCAGGUAAUCCGGCAGGGCGUCCCGCAGCGCCGGUCUGGCGCUGGGAUGCUGCUGCUGGCAUCCAGCACGGUUGGGUAACGGGAGGGGAGAGGUGCUCAGCAGGGGCGGUGCAAAGGCAGGCUGGGCUCUCCUGGUGUCCAGGACACUCCAUUCAGGGAUUUCUCCUGUCUUUGCUCCCCUUUUCCACGCUGAUGUCCUAUCUUCCUGCUCCCCCUGGCACAGCGCAACGGGGUGAAGUCCCUCUGGCUCCCGCGUGCGCUCUGCCUUGCGCCGCACGCGGAGCAGCCCCGCAAACUCGCCGCUGGCCGGGACGAUGGGAAGGAACCUCCUGGAAGUUCCCGAAAGCGGAGGCGGCAGGAGGUGCCCCCUGUGGAGCAGCAUCGCUCCGCAACCCCCGGCUCAGAAGUGCCUGUGGACAAAAUGCCCCUCUCUGUUGUGGAGGUGCCCAGACAUCCUCUGCUCAAAUCAAGACAGCCUUUGAGGAGGACGGUAACGCUACCAACAGGACUUUAAUCCCAGGGUUCAGGUUACAGAGAGAGGGGACUUUCGCCCUUAUCUUCUCGUUACCCUUUUGACUCUAAUUACUGCAGGUGAAAGCUUAUCCAGCCGGUUCCCCCUCCUCCCAGACCCCGAUGUUAAAGGGAAUGAAAAUCUUCCUGGGGUAUGUUAUGGCCCUGGCAGUGCUGCCUCCGCGGGGGCACGAGCCGUGCCCGUUCCCCACCCUCGUUUGAAGGCGUGGGGGGGGGGGGCUCAGCUCUCCAACGGCUUCUGGAAGCAGAGGGGUCUUUUGCCGCCGUGCAGAGCGAGGUUCCUUCUCCUCCCCGUCCCUCGGCGCAGACUCCCGAAGCUCCAGAGGGGCAGGACGUGUUCGAACAUCGCCUCGUGGCGUUUGCAGAAGGGCAGCAGCACUUUCUUGGUGCGUUCGGUCCCUUUGCUCUCUGACCACGGGCACUUUUUGCUGUGUGUUUCUUGCCCGGGGAGCUUUUCUGACACUCCAGGUCUGGUUGCGUGAAAGCGACGGUGCUUUAUCUUCCCUCCUUGUUCCUCAGCAAUACUUUUGGGUUUUUUUCAUUUUCUUUUUGAUAAGGGUACGUGUUAAUUAACCCUGAAAGGAAAUAGGCACAUUGUCAGCAAUGACCUUCUGGGGCUGUCGUCCUGUCCGAGCCGUCUCCAGCCACGAGGACCCGUGGAUUAUUUGCAUUAACAGGAGGGAAGAGCCAAACCAGGCUUUACGGUUCCUUGCUUUUGGUGGGGGCAUCAGAGGUUACUUUCUUCUUAACGUCUCUUUGAAGUACAUGUAAGAAGGAUGGAGGAGAAAAGGAGCUGAAUGAAGGUUGGUGUUAGCGUGGCCAGAAAGGGAUCAUCUUCAUAGAUGCUUUCAGGGGGACAAGUGACAGAGAGCUCAGGCCAUUCCCUGCUGGCGACCUCUUUCCUGCUCUCUGAAACACUGGACCUGAGCCUGAACCAGCCUGGGGGCUUCGCCACAGCCCCUGUGAGCCCCAGGGGGUCCCCAGCUCGAUCUUGGCAUCCUAAAUCCCGCACAACCAAGAAGAAUUGCCCAGCUUGCCAGACUCCAAUGGGAAACUCUUCCUUGCCAAAUACCUGGAGAAGGGAAGCACAGUGGUCCUUAUGGUCCCGGCAGCGAUGGGAGAGCCCCCAGCCCUCCGGACACGACCUGUCCCCUGAGCUGCAGGACCACGGGGCGCUUUUGCUCCUCCUCCGCAUCCCUCAGCGGUGCCACUGUGGAACAGAUGCGGGGACGAGAACGCAAAGGGGGUGCGAAAGCAGGUGGGAUCGGCCGGUUGAAGCAUCAGACCGGAGCGCCUACCCAGAGGAUGGAGAGCGAAACAAAACCCCAGCUAUGCGAUGGCGACAGUAACAGGGGAAGCUUCAGUCCACGGGGCGCAUCAGUUAAGGGCCAUUAAAUAUUAACAAGCACUUUAAAAUCCUUCAGAACCAAGCUGCUACAGAUGCUGGCAACGGCAUCACUGAGCAUCAGCGAGCAUGACAAAUAAGGCGCUCUGGCAUUUCCAGUUUUUAUUAGUGGGAGGAUAGACUGUCAAACACAAUUUUUAAUCGCUUUUGUCAGCCGCUGGCUUUGCUGCCGGGCGAGGCGGUGCUUUGCAGCUGGGAUGGUUUUCCUCUCCUCCAUGCUAGGUGUGGGAUGAAGGGAGGAAGAGUAGCACCGCCCGGCAGCGUCACCUCCGGUCCCCGAGACACAGGGAAGGGGCUUUGUGCUGCUGCCGUGCAAGCGGAAAAAAGCAUCCAGCUCCCACCACCGCCUUGAAACCCCAUUUUUUGCCCCCCCGAGGGGUGACCCCUCCGUUGCAUUGUGCAAGGGGCACCUGCAUAAAAACCCCAAAGCAGCUGGAUUUUGGGGCAGGACCUUGUUUCAGAUGCUCCAGCCUUCCCCAUCCCACAUCUGAGCUCUCCCACCCAUCUCCACGGAGCUUUGGUUAAAACAGGAGCGGCCCGGCAUUGCCCUGCCUGCCCGGGAUGGAUUUCCUUGCUCCUUUAAGCUCUGCUCGGAGAGGCCGGGAUUGGGAUCCUGGAAACUGGCUUCUGGCGCUCAGGCCUCGCUGCUGGGAAAGUCAAACUCGGCCAAGGGAGGGAUCCAGCGAGUUUCUGAUUUCGGGAGGUCAAGCACCUAACCGCAAGUCACAGAAUGGGAUGAAAAAUGGCAUUUUGGUGCUCUGGUCCUAAUUAACUUUUUGUUCCAAGAGAUGCAGUUCCAUCCCUUCAAAAUAAAAUUAAUCUUUUAAACAGAUUGCUUAAAAAGCCCUGGAAGACAUUUAAAAUCCCCUCUAAAUCUCUUACUAAUGAUUGGUGUCCUCCGAUACGGAUGGUAUUGCUUAUGAGGGAAAGGUUGUUGCUAUAAAUUCAUAAGGGGGGAGUGGGAAACGGCAGAACCCCCUGCAGUAAAGGAAGAUUUGCAACCUCCAAAACAAAUAAUGCUGCUAUUAACACCUCCGUGUACAUACAUUGAACCUUCCUUAGGUUUUUUUUGUUCAGCAGUGGCUGUGGAAGACACUGGGUUAUCCCCCUCCUCUUCCCAUACCCGACACACGUAUUUCAGCACCAGUGGGGGGAGAACAAAAAAUAUUAACAAAAAAGACAAGUUUGUCUUCCAUGAGGAGCAUCCGCACGUCUUAUCUUCUUUAUAACCUUCAGGGGCUCUGCAAGACAGCCCAGGGGUUGGGAAUAAUUUUAUAUAAAGGCUCUAAUGUGCUAACUUGCAGCCCAAACCGUACCCGGGCGUUAGGGGGAAGAGCCUCCGGUAGACAUCAGCGUGCGUGCCUGUGUGCGAGAGCGAGGAGGAGAUUUUUCUGGGUGUCUUUUUAUCCCUAGGGCUGGAGUUCAAGUCAGAUGCUCGUAGCGAUUUUGCACUUUGUUCGACAUCCAGCCGCAACUCCGGGCUGUGAUGGGGCGAGGAGAAGCUGGCUGAUGCUUUGUUCGAGGGGCUGGUUUGGUUUUGUUUUCUUUAAAAAUCGGCUGCUUUUGUGCUGCUACGAAAAUGGAUGUUUGGGCAGAAGGCGUGGGGGUUUGUGUGCUGGCCCCAAACUGUUUGCAAGACGCUGGGAGGCAGCGUGGAAAGAGGCUGAGACGGAGCCGGGGCCACGCCGGUGGCAUCAGCUGCUGGCGGCACCUCCUGCGCUGGAGCUGGUUUGGGGGUAAAAUCUUUUACCCCCCGGGGCAGCGAUGCUGGGGAGUGGCAGGUGAGGGAGGUUUGUGGUAGGAGCCCCUCCAGCAUCCCUUCAAACCAGUGUUCAAACCCCAGGCAGAGACGUCUUUGCCCUUGGUUGUUUCCUACCUCUCCGCCACACCUCCGUUCGGCUUUUCCCUUUAAUUCCGCGUUGGGUUUGGUGCUUUUUUGGAGCAUCGAGUGGUUCGGAGCAGCAAAGCACCCUGCUGCACCCUGGCUGGAUGCGUGUCCCGUCCCCGGAUGCAGCAGGGGUCUCUGCACCCCAUUUUCUAGGGCUCCACGAUGCCCAGAGGCCCCGUGCGUGUCCCCCACCAGCACGACUCGUGUGUUUAUCGCACUGCUGGGGAGCUCGAAGGGAACACAUCUCACGAAUAAAUCUCAUCGCAAAUGACUUCAAGAUGGGCCCGUCUCUGCUGUCGACUGGGAAAGCUGUGCGUUUGAGGGAAGUGGCCCAAAGACGCUGUGCUCUGGGCAGGAUUCACCCCAAAAACAGUGGAUGGAGGGGGGGGGCUCAGGCUGUGACCUGGGGACUGGGUGAUUUGCUUCACCUCCGACGGCGCUGGCUGCUGCUGCUGCCGCUGCCGCUCUGGUCUCGAGCCCCCCUCCUGCCCCCGGGGCCGCGCUGGGGGCGCCUUGGCCGGAGCGAGCAUCCAUCCCGCCUGCAGCUCCUCGGGCCCGGGGCAGCACCCCAGAACCUGCGCGGGCAGCCCAGGGUCAUGCUUCUGGAAUCCAGUCUGCGCCGAGUUGCUUUCUGCCUUGGCUCAUCCCUCUGAUUUUAAUUUUGACAUGAAAACACACCUGCGCCCUCAUCCCCAUCCCUCCCUGUCCACUGGCUGCUCGUGUUGCCUUUUCUCUUUUUAUUUUUUUUGCGGGGGGAAGGACAUGAUUUUGUAAACUAAUGUGGUGAAAACAGCUUUUUUUGCACAAGUCGUUGCACAAUAAGGGGAAAAUUUAGUAAAUUAGGUUUAACUUUAAAGGGAACUUUUUUUUUUUUUCCUUAAAACUCACUAGCAGAGCUACUGAUUAAAAGAAAAAAAAAGAGAUGGACUGAUUAAAAAAUGGACUGCAUGGUUUACAGGUUAAAUUGCGUUAGAAAUUAGCAUGUUGAUUCCAACUGUACAUUUAUCCUACUGUAACUUCUAUUAAACAAUACAGCAUAUAACUGUUUAAAUAAG